AUGGCGGAGAAUGCAAAAUGCGAUCCUGGCGCGUGCGCAAGGGGCUUCGAGCUGCGGGUCGCUAAGGAGAUACGCAGAGUGAUCCAGCAGAGCAUCGAGCUGAGCAGCCAGUGCAGCGGCCACCUGCGCCAGCUCGAGGAGGAAGUCUCGGCGGCUUCCGCGGCGCCGCCGCCGCAGCACCUUGCCGCGGACGCCGACGACGAGGUGUCGCUGCUGCGGCGGCGGCUCGGGCAGCAGCACGACGAGCACCAGGCGGCCCUCGAGGAGUGCCGCAGGCUCGAGAGCUUCCUGGAGGUCGCCGCCAGCGAGGCGCAGGCGCAGAGGUCCGAGGCGGAGGAGCUCCGCUGCCAGGAGCUGGAGGGCAGGUGCCAGCAGCUCUGCGAGGAGAUCGAAGCCCUGCAGCUGCAGCUGCGGGACGGGCCGGGCCUCCGGGACAGCGCCGAGGACGGCAUGCUGCCCGCCACGUGCGUGCUGACCGACGAGGUGGAGCACCUCCAGGCCCAGCUUGCCGAGCAGCAGCGCCGCCGGACCCAGGAUCAGCUGGAGAUGGAGCAGCGCCCCGGGCAGCUGCGGAGGGAGACGCGGGCGCUGCAGGAGAAGCUGCAGGAGACGCUCGAGGCGCGCGAGCGGGCGGACCGCGAGCUGGAGCGGCUGCAGCAGUCCCACGAGCGCGAGCUGGAGGAGCUCCGCAGCACCGCCGUGGAGCGCGCGGCCGCGACGCGCAUCCGGGAGGAGAAGGAGCUGCUGCGGGAGGCGCUGUCCAAGGACGCGGCGCGCUCCAGGCGCCGCAUCGAGUUCUUCGACCAGAAGGUGCAGCAGCUGCUGGCCGAGUCGGAGGACCUCCGCCAGCGCGCGGAGCUCGCCUGGCAGUCUGUGCCCGACACCCCGGAGCACGCCAGCGCGGAGGUGGAGGCCCUGCAGGAGCAGGUGAGCAGCUGGCAGGCGCGGCUGCUGGCGUCCGGGCGCGAGCGGGAGGCGCUGCAGGCCGAGCGCGACCUGGCCCGCCAGGAGCUCGAGAACUCCCUGGUGGAUGCCCGGGUGGCUGAGCAGAAGCUCCGGCUGCUGCGCGACCGCACGGCCGCCAGAGCUCCUGCCGCCGUCGUGAACUUGGUCGCCCACCCCUUUCGCUCCCCCCCCCACCCUCUCAGAUGAGGUCACCGUGUUGACGUCGAUUGGCGUACUUCAGCGAAUCGAUGGCACGCGGAUGAGCCUGCCAACUGGGGCCCGUUUUCCGCCCGCCUGGGCACCACCGCCCGCUGGCGUGAAAG